UUGGGUCCAUCAGCGAGCGAGAGGCUUUUCCCUCCCAGUCGCUCUUUUUUUGUUUCUUUCUCUUUUUUCCCUUUCUCGAGAAAAUAGCAGAGGGGAAAUGACGGAAAACGAAGGAAACGACAAGAAAAUGGAAGGAUCUAAUCCUAAGAAGAAGCUUAACCUUGUAACCUUCACCGGAACCGCCGGUCUGCUAGGACUCGCCGUCAGUUUCGCCAUCUUCGCUUUCAAUUCUCACAAGCAAAAAUCGAAGAAGAAAGGUCUUCCGGGUUGUGAUACUGUUUGUGUUAACCUAUCUGCGAAGGAGAUUCUCGACUUAGCUGACGAAAUUAUUCACAAGUCCACGCGAGUUCAUGAUGAUGUUGCUUUGGUUGCUUUAGAUAAGCUCUCUUAUGAGAAUGUUGUAUUGCCGUUGGCUGAAUUGGAAGCUAGACAGCUCUCGCUUAUACAAUGUUGUGUGUUUCCUAAGAUGUUAUCGCCUCACGAUAAUGUUCGUAAAGCUAGUGCUGAAGCUGAGCAUAAAAUCGACGCUCAUAUUCUCUCCUGCAGAAAACGUGAAGAUGUUUACCGGAUUAUCAAAAUUUAUGCUGCAAAGGGAGAAUCAAUAGCACCGGAAGCUAAAUGCUACCUACAGUGUCUGGUUAGAGACUUCGAGGACAAUGGUCUGAACCUUACUGCAGUAAAAAGAGAGGAAGUUGAAAGACUAACAAAUGAAAUUGAUGAGCUUAGCUUGCGGUACAUUCAGAAUUUAAAUGAAGAUAGUUCUUGUCUCUUUUUUACUGAGGAUGAGCUUGCUGGUUUGCCUCUAGAAUUUCUUCAGAGUUUGGAACAAACUCACAAUAAAGAAUUUAAGCUGACCUUGGAAAGUCGUCACGUCGCAGCUAUUCUAGAAUUGUGCAAGAUAGCCAAGACAAGGAAGACGGUGGCAAUGGCAUAUGGAAAGAGAUGUGGAGAUGCCAAUAUUCCAGUGUUACAAAGAUUGGUUCAGUCACGCCAUAGAUUAGCUCGCGUCCUUGGUUAUGCACACUUCGCAGAUUAUGCUCUUGAUCGCAGAAUGUCAAAGACAUCAAUGAGGGUGAUCAGGUUCCUGGAGGACAUCUCAUCCAGUUUAACUGACUUGGCUAUUAGAGAGUUUUCUAUUUUGAAAGACUUGAAGAGAAAAGAAGAAGGGGAGAUUCCAUUUGGCAUAGAAGAUCUUUUAUAUUACAUAAAGAGGGUAGAGGAGUUGCAGUUUGAUCUUGAUUUUGGAGAUAUCCGGCAAUAUUUUCCUGUCAGCUUGGUCCUUUCCGGGAUCUUUAAAAUAUGUCAGGACCUUUUUGGAAUAAAAUUUGAGGAGGUUACAGAAGUUGAUGUCUGGUAUCAUGAUGUUCGAGCUUUUGCCGUCUUUGACUCCGGAUCUGGAAAGCUUUUGGGAUAUUUCUAUCUUGACAUGUUUACAAGGGAAGGAAAAUGUAACCACAGCUGUGUGGUGGCUCUUCAGAAUAACGCACUGUUCUCCAAUGGUGCAUGUCAGAUUCCUGUGGCGUUGCUUAUUGCACCGUUUGCCAAGGAUGAUAGUGGUGAAGCUGUGCCAUUGGGAUUCUCUGAGGUGGUUAAUCUUUUUCAUGAGUUUGGCCAUGUGGUCCAACAUAUCUGCAAUCGUGCUUCAUUUGCUAGAUUCUCGGGCCUACGUGUUGACCCUGAUUUUCGGGAGAUCCCUUCUCAGUUAUUGGAAAACUGGUGUUACGAGAGUUUCACGUUGAAGUUGAUAUCAGGUUAUCGUCAGGAUAUCACCAAGCCACUUGUGGAUGAAGUCUGCAAAACACUCAAACGUUGGCGAUAUUCUUUCUCUGCUUUAAAGUCGCUUCAGGAGAUAUUAUAUUGUCUAUUUGAUCAAAUAAUAUAUUCGGACGAUGAUGCUGACUUACUGCAGCUAAUCAGGAGUCUUCAUCCAAAGGUAAUGAUAGGGCUACCAGCGGUGGAAGGAACCAACCCUGCUUCAUGUUUCCCACGUGCUGUAAUUGGCUCUGAAGCAACAUGUUACAGUCGUUUAUGGAGUGAGGUAUAUGCUGCUGAUAUAUUUGCUUCAAAAUUUGGGGAUGGGCAUCCGAAUCUGUAUGCCGGCUUGCAGUUCAGAGACAAAGUGUUGGCCCCAGGAGGAGGCAAAGAACCAAUGGAACUUCUCACCAGUUUUCUUGGAAGGGAGCCAUCAACGCAAGCUUACAUCGAUAGCCGGACAAACUAUAGUUUGUAGUAUCUUGCACCUAACAUUAGGAUCUUCCAAAUGAAUCUUGUUUGGCUGGUGAAAAUAAGCUUUUUUUUUUUGGUUCUUAGAGACAUGGUUUAUUAAUGUUUGUUAAUGAGUUAAGAGGACCGAUUUAGUUGGAAAUUGGAAUCAUUCAUUCUUACCUUU